CGUUAUGAUCGAAAUCAAUCGAUAUCGAUAGCAUCUUAUCUCAAUUGCAUCAGAUGUUUCAUUUGCAUUUUAAAGAUUAAAUUUAUAAAUUAAACAUACAACAAUGUUGGACAAACUCAACGACGAUUGUUGGUUGGAGAUAAUCAAGUACUUGGACCUAUACGACAAAUUCGCGCUCUAUGAAGCCACCAAAGGCGUUUCAAAUCGUGUGAACUCAAAUGUGAUAUAUUCCUGGAAACAUCAACUCAACUUUACACUUGACAACUAUAUGUAUGGGAAAAUGGAAGAGAUGCCUGAACUGUUAGACAUAUUUAUAUCCAGCAUUAAGGACACAGUGCAGAAAUUAAUAUUCCAAAAUGUCACAGUUGAGUUUCUCAAACUCUGGCAAAAAUACACAUUUCCCAGCAUGAAAACACUGAAGUACACAUUGGAUGUGUGCGAUUAUAAUAGGAAUGAUAAUGAAGCCAUCAAAAUAAUGGCCACCAUCUUUCCUGGACUGCAUAGUGUGAAGCCUCAUGGUGGUGUCGAUUCCGGCAUGGUGCCCCAAUGGACGCAAUUGCGUAAACUGGACUUAAGUGAAUGGUUAUCAGAUUAUAUACCGGCAUAUGGCAAUUUAUUUAUACUCAGGUAUCCGCUACUAGAAGAGUUGAUUGUGCGUCAAGUUAGUAAUUUUACAAAUUUUUAUCAUGAAGUUAUGACCAUGUCCAAGCUGCACACACUUACCAUUCAAUUGACUGAUGAUUACUAUUUAAAUAAAUUUCUAGAGAAGCGCGGUAAUGACAUACAUACUAUUGUCUUUAACAAUUGCAUCGGAAAAUACAAGAUGAACACGUUGCACAAACUGAGGAACCUGCGACACUUGACAUUGCAGGAAGAACAUCAUUUCACUAGUGAAGAUCUAUGCAAACUGAUUAUGGAUUUAAAUCAGCUGGAACAAAUCGAUUUGAUUUACUCUGAAAUAUGGCCUAGUGAAGAGGAAUUGUGGCAAACUGUUGCCAGUUGCCCAUCUCUAAAGAUUCUGAAUAUACCUGGCUCAUAUAUUGAUUCUGAUGAUUUUUUUGAUUCGAACCGACAUCUCAUGGAAGAUACACUGAAUAAGCGUUCUCAGCCUUUAACAAUACACAUCUAUUGCGAUGUACCGGCUAAGCAAUUAAAUUCAUAAAUUAAACAUAUAACGAGAAUGGAAACCAUCAACGACGAUUGCUGGUUGGAAAUAAUCAACUACCUGAAUCUAGAAGAUCAGUUAUCGCUCUAUAAAGCCACCAAUGGCUUUUCAAAUCGCGUGAGCUCAAAUGUGAUAUAUUCCUGGAAACAUCAACUCAACUUUACCCUUGAUGAACACGCAUAUGAGAAGUUUGAAGAGAUGCCUGAAUUGUUGGACGUAUUUCUGUCCAACAUUAAUGAUACAAUGCAGGGAUUGGAACUUCAAUGGGUCACACUGAAGUUUCUCUAUAGAUGGAAGAACUACACGUUUCCCAACAUGAAAACACUAGAGUACACAGUGGAUGACUGCGAUAUCGAUUGUGAUAGUGAAGUGAUAGGAAUAAUGACAGAACUCUUUCCUGGGCUACAUAGUUUGAAAUCCGAUGGUACUUUCUAUUGCGGCGCUCUGCCGAAAUGGACGCAGUUGCGUAAACUGGACUUGAGCGAAUGGUCACCAGAUUAUAAUACCUAUCGCAGCGAUUCUCCUGAAGAGAUUGCCAAGUGCAUGCUUAUGGAGGAGUUGCUUUUACCCGAUGGUAUUUGGGACUUUAAUUUGCAUCAUGACCUUAUGACGAUGCCCAAGCUUCACACACUUGCCAUAGAACUGAAAAUUGAUUUCAUUUUAGCUGAGAUGCUAGAGAAGCGUGGCAAGGACGUCCAUACGAUCGUCUUUAAUGAUUGCAUCUGGGAAUUCAGCAUACCCACGUUGCAAAAACUCAGAAAUUUGCGUCAAUUGACAUUGCUGGACAAUGAUGGUUUCACCAGUGAAGAACUACGGGACCUGAUUGUGGAUUUAAAGCAGCUGGAACAAAUCGAUUUGGUUGAUUUUCAGAUCUGGUCAAGUGAAACAGAAUUGUGGCAAACAGUGGCCUGCUGUCCAUCGCUAAAGAUUCUUAACAUAUCUGGCAUGCAGCUAUACGAGAAUUUCUUUGAGUUUGGCAGACGUGUCAUGGAGAAGACUUUGAACAAUCGUUCCCAUGAUUUAACAUUGCAUUGCCACAACACAGGUGCAAACGAGAACCUUAUCCGACAGUACUUUAAGCAUCCACGACUGAAGCUCUCUUUUGAGCCCUUGAAGCUUCAUGACGUCGAUACUGAAAUGCUACAAAUGCAUCUCAAUCCGUUGCUGCCACCCUAAAAGUUAAAUAUGUGAUACUUUUUGAAAGUAUUUUUUGCGAACUAUUGUGAUAUGCUGUGCUACUUUUUAGUAAUCGCAUAAUAAAUGUAAUAUUGUUAAAAAUAAUUGUAAUAUAUAAAACAGAUAU